CAAUGCGGGGGGCUUGGUUUCACGUUUUGUUUCUAAAACUAGAAAAACAUAAAACGAAAGCAAUGCCCUAGGAAAAACGUCGGCCUUCCCUGCCCGCCGGCAUUGCCCAUCGCCUUCGAUCCUCCUCACCGUCCUUGUCCUCUUCUGUACUCUCUCUCUCUCUCUCUCUGCGCUAUACCUCAAAAUCAAUUCGAAUGGAACUUGUUAGCUUUGGUUGUGCUGCAGGCUGUCGGCUCACGAUAUCAUACUCACCAAAUCUCUUAUGGCUGAUAUGGGAAGUGAUUUGCAAGGGGGGGAAGACAAUGAUAUUGAUGUAGUUGAAGAGGGUGGUUUUAAUGUAAGUGUAUGGCCAGAUGAGAUCGAAGAGAGGUUCAUCAUGAUCAUGGAGGCUGAAGUUGCUAAAGGCAACAGAACAUCAACAACAUUUUCAAAGCCUGCUUGGCGUACCAUAGAGGAAACACUCAAUGCACAAACAAAAAGACACUACACUCAUACACAACUCAGAAAUAAAUUUAAUCAGCUAAGAGCCCGACAAAGGGAAUUUUCAAACCUAAUAAAGGAGUCAGGACUUAGCUGGAACUCUAUGACAGGCUCUGUAUCUGCUAGUGAUGAGGUGUGGGAACGUUUAUGUAAGGUGUACAAAUCUGCAAAGAGAUUCCGUAAGAAGGGAUGCCCAAUAUUUAAUAAAUUAUGUUAUAUAUAUGGAGACAUGGCAACGUCUGAUUUUAACCAGAAUAUUUCAAGUUGUGACCCCCAUAUAACUAACAAUCCUCUUUUGAAUGGUGAUUCCCUGGACAAUGAUGAUAGAGAGGAAGUGGAGGGAAGGACUUUGGAAGCAUCAUUUACUGAGAACUCUGGUGGUCCCCGUGCACUGCCUGCUAUUCCUAUACGAAGCCAGUCUUGCACUCCAUCGAUCUCUCAUCGGGCAAAGAAAACUACUUAUUCGAUUCUGUCUCCUUGUGUGAAUUCUUCAAGUGAAAAUCUGAAGAUGUCUGGGGCUACAGAUAAAAAAUUGGAAACUACUUCCUCACCAUCUAGGUCAGUUUCUGCAACAGGAGCUAGUCUCAAGAUGCUUAUAGUAGAGAGCAUGCAAGCACUUAAUGCAUUAGAAGGGAUAGAUGGACUGGCUUAUUCAAAGGCAGUGGAGAGAUUUCAUGAGGAUUAUAUGUGGAUGGAGUUAUUUCUGCAGAUGACAGAUGAGAGGAAAAAAGAUUGGGUUUUGAACAUAAAAUAGUGUUGAUGUAGUAUCUACUUUAUUACCUUCUAUUCUUUAGCCCUUUCUUUAGGAAAUGAAUUAUGUUAUGGAAGCACAUAUUUGUCAUGAUAUUUUAGGCUGAAAUAUGAUAGUGUUACUUAUGUGGGUUAUUUUUUCCCAUUUAAUUCUAUUAUUAUAUAAUGUACAAAAUUGGCUUAGUCAAAUAUAGUUGAAUAUUCAGUUUAAUUCUGCCAGUUAUGUAACAGUAAUAUUGGCGUACACCUUGGUGUUGAUUGAGAAAAAUUUAUGAUUCUAUUUUGAUUAAUGGACAUGUAUUCAUGAAAAUCUACUAGAAAAAAAUAGCCCAAAGAAGGAUCUUGACUUUUUUGUGAUUUGAAGCUAUAUAUAGUGUUAAACAUUGGCUAAACUGUAUUGUUGUGAUUAAGGCAAUCUACUUGUGACAAGGAUUGAGAACCAAACCAUUUUGCCAACUCAAUGAACCAGAUUGACUUGAUUUAACAAUUUUUAAAAUUGAGUAGUAAAUUUGGUCAGGUUUUAAGUUGUUCUGCAUUGUAAAUUUUGCAUUAUUUGAUGUAAAAUUGAUAUUAUAAUGGUGAUAGUCAUGUUUAGGCUGAGGUGAAGACAUCCCAUUACAAUAUGAACACUUCCAAAAUUGAUGUGCACAUCAUUCUGGUGAAAAUUUUAAUAGGUGUGAGCUGGAUAAGACUGGUUUUAAGACUGUGAGCUUAAAGUUUCAAUUUAUUCCUUUUCCAUACAAUUUAUUCCUUUCUUUGUUGAUGCUUGUUGUUCUGUGUUCUCAAGGUACUCUGAAGAUGGUUUUUCCUGAUAUCUUGUCUGUAUCUUAUCAAGGUUAUCUUCUUUUAUUUGUACUCAGUUAAGUAUCUGAAGUAUUCCUUUAAGUCUUAUUCUUUCUCACAAAGAAGUUUCUUUAGGUUUGAAGCUUUUGCUUCGACUCAGAAAAACUUGAUGUAUUUAACACCUUGAAGGUGACAGGUAGGUCAGGUUGUAAGAGCCUUCAUUGGGAUGCCAGAGGUCUUGGGGAUCAAUUUAGUCUUUUAUUGUUUACUUGGGUGAGGUUCAUCUCUUCCUUCUGAGAUUUUUGUCAAGAGGAAUUAAAUCAAAACUUUAUAUACAGCUUGGUAUACAUGCAUUAGUUUUUAUUAGCUCAAGUGCAUUUCAAAAUGCAAGAUUUACCUUGGUGCUCCAGUUACUACUCAGAAAGAACAAUAGUAUUCAAUUCUUCAAUUUUUAUAAUUUCACUCAGCAGGUCUUGGUUGUAGAGAUCUUCCAUGUAACCAACAAAAUAGCUCAAGAGCUUGUCUUUCCUGUGUAAUGAUGGAUGGAAACUAGAACACUUGUUUUAUAAAAGAAUGUUGCUUUGCCUUG